AUGCCGACGUUUCAGAGCAACAAGUUCCGCGGCGCGGGCGACGCCGGGCGCUUCGGCAUGCGCUACCGCGCGCUCAUGAACAAGCACCCGUUCCUGACGUUCGGGCUGCCCUUCAUGGCCGUCGUCAUCGCGGGUUCCUUUGUCCUCACGCCCGCGACGGCCAUCCGCUACGAGCGGCACGACCGCAAGGUCCGGCAGAUGACCAAGGAGGAGGAGCUUGGCGUGCGGCGGUCGGCGCGCAAGGUGGACAUGAAGGAGGAAUAUUACAGACUGGCAGGACGAGACCUCGAUGACUGGGAGCAGAAGCGCGUUGAGCGCCUUCCUGGCGAGAGCGACGGCAUCCUCCGCUGA